UGAUUCAAAAUGGUUUAAACUUUCUUCUGGUGAAGCUCGGGAAGAUAAUUGGGUGAACAAUUUCAACAAGCUCAGAAGAUUAGUCUUACUCCUCACACGUUAUUAUGAAGAUAUCCUUGGACUUCCUGCUAAAAAACUUGAAUCUCCAGAUCCUAGAGCUAUUGCAAAAGAUGGAAAUUUAGUUGAGACAAUGAAGUUGUAUUCAUUAAUUGUGACUUUGGCCGUGAAUCACGUUAAUAAGGCAGCAUAUAUUGAAAAAAUUACACAUUUAAACGCAAAAUCGCAACAGGGUUUGAUGUUUUCCAUUGAACGGGUUAUGAACCGAUUGGGGGAAACUACUGUCGAAGCACCACCAAAGAAAUCAUCAUCAAUCAACUU